AAACUUACCUUUCUGCCAAACAGAUGUCAGUCUUUUUCAGCUUUCUUCGACCCUCCUUUCUCGAGCCAUGGCACCUCUCCUGUCUGGAGAUCUUUUGACAUUUUCAUUGGACGAGCUGACAGAUCAAGCUUCUCUUAUAAACUUGGUGGAGGCGGAUACCGAGUGCAGCGCACAGUCAUUACGAAGGAGGAAUCUGGAGUCCGAGAGAAACGUUCGUGAAAAUGGCUGAACGAAGCAGCAGCAGCAGCAGUAACUUUGCCAAGGGAAUUCACUCGGUUGUGGUAACUGGUGGCAGCAAGGAUGCUGACCCUACUCGUACGGACAUAGCACGCAACGCGUUUAUGAUGGCGGGCGCUUGUUCUGCUUUCUCCGGAGUCGUGAAUAAAAUCGGCGGGCCAUUUGGCGCUACAGUAAUCAAGGACAACCAAAUCGUGUCGUGCAGCCAUAACACCGUGUUCCGCGACCAUAACCCAACGCGACAUGGUGAAAUGUGCGCCAUCCGACAAGCCUGUGCCAAUCUGCGCUCAGCUGACCUGAGUGGAUGUGAUAUGUACACUACCUGUGAGCCAUGUCCGAUGUGCUGGGGUGCUAUCCAACGCUCAGGCAUUCGCGAUAUGUACAUCGGCGUGGACCGUUACCUGGCCGCAGAGUUUAGUUUCAGCGAUAAAGCUUACUACGACGAGAUCGCGCUCUUACACAACGCGCUGAAUAGCAAGGAGCAGGCACAACCGGUUGUGUCUAACUUUCUAACCGUCCGGGUUGGCAAUCCUCUGAAAGCACUUGUUCAAGACCAGCUACUCGGAGGUGAUAGCACUACGAGCGGUGACGGGGGUGACUCUGCUUGGCUGACUGUCUUGCAAGCGGACACAACACAGGAUGGCAGUCCACAAGCUAAACGUAGUCCUAGCAUAGCUGACCAGCGUAUCUCGGCUGAACAGCAUGCCGAAUUCAGUGAGCAGCUCGUCAGCUAUGCACGCGAGAUGAUAGCUAAGCAUGGGUCUGGUGCACAGCCUGAUGGUCACGAGGCAUGCAUACUAGUGGACACACAGACUGGAGGAGUCGUCGGCCGUGGUUCUGCGUUGACGGCGGGCCACGAGGAUGCAUCCGGUGGCUUUGUCACAGCAGCCGUCGAGCAAGCCACCAGCGAGUUCAAGACUCAGUUCCUAACGGAGUGCAUCGCGUACUGCACAGUUGAGCCGGAUCCAAUGAAUUUUUGCUCGUUGCUGUGGGCAAAGGUACCGUUCUUGUACAUUGGCUUGCCACAGGGUGACGUGGAUGCAUAUCGAAACCGCACACCAGGAUCUCAGGAUGGCGAACGCACGCACCGGAUCUUUGAGAAGUUUUUCAAACGUGAGGAACGUAAGAAGCAAGAGCAACCAGGCGCGGUUGACCGUGUAGUCUUGCGAGAUGAGUGUGCGGAUCUAUUUCGCCUGUUCGAAAAUGUCGGCGGCUUUGGACAGCUGUUCUAAAGGGAAGAAAAUUCUAACAGUGACUUGAAAAAGCCUGCAGAAGUGCUACCUGGUAUGAGUGAUAGGGUAUGUGCGGGUAUGCUGAAACGUCCAUUUGAGGCAAGGCGUCAACUGAUCCUGUACACAUCUGGUCACCCAUCCCGGUGUGUGACUGUUGCCGGCUACUCCAUAGUGCACUCGGAAUGUCCGCUCUCUUGACUGCUGGACCACGGCGGAAGGAGAGAGCCUGUAGGUCGAAGGGACCUGUCGUACACUUUAAUUAUAAUGUCGAUUCGUGCUGUUUGUGAAAAACUUGCUUAUUAUUGCUAACUAAUGAUAGUUUUAGAAAAUGACAAGUAGCUGAGUGGUCUCGCUCAAUGUUGGUUUUGGAGACAGCUACUGACUCUUCUUCUUGAUUUGCUUUGUUGAAUCAAAGUUCUUAGUCAUGACCAAACACCGCAGUGUCCUCCAAGGUUUCCCCAUUUUCUCGUGCCUUGAUACUUACACGAUGUCUGUGCCUGGGCUAACAUGUUCAUGUGUGCACACGGAGUGCUGUGGCUGUGUUCCUGGCUCACUGCACUGUA